UUACUUUCUCUAUAUUUGCUACCAAAGUGCUGCCAAAAUCUCUACACUGUGUGUGCAAGUGAUUCGUAUGUUACAUUUUUGACUUUGAGACUCGUUCUACACUAUCGAAAUCAGGUAACUUAUGAACUUUUGUGAUUCAAGUUCCAGUGGUGAAUUUUAUUCUCCUCUCACCCUUUUUUAUUUAGGUUUAAGCCCUCUUAAGAAGGUUAGGGUUAGGAGUGAGAGUGAUAUUGAGCGUGAGUUAGAGUUUUUUGAAGAUCUUGACUACAUCUCUCCCCUUACUCCGUGCAGUGAAAGUUACGAGACUGACAAGAUGUCUUCUGAGGAAACAUUGAGCAUUGGGGGGAAAGAGGAAGUAAAAAUGCUGGAGUAUAGUGAUGUAAGUGUGGAGAGUGGGUCGUCUGGAUCUAAGCGAACAGAGGGAGGGGUAAGGCGAAAUGAAGUGGUUGAGGUUGGAGCAAAAAGGAUUCCUGCAAAUAUACUGAAAGUGGGAGAUAGGAAUAAUAAGUUUUAUGAUAAUGGGGCAGACAUUGUGUCUGAGGUAAAGGAGUAUGAGUCUGAACUCGGGACUAGGGAUAGCCUGAGUUAUCUCGUAGAGACUUACGAGAUUUAUUCUCGAGUUCUAAUUAAGCCUGCUGGAGUGGAGGAGAAGGCAUGCUCUACACCCCAGGAUCACUAGAUGCCGAUGUAUGCCCAUUAUUUGGCAGCAGGGCUUAGGUUUCCAUUGCCAGAUUUGCUAGUGUGGUUAUUGUUGGAGUAUAGUGUGGGUUUGACCCAAUUAUCACCCAAUGCAGUGAGAGUGAUAAUUGGGUUCAUAGUAUACUAUCGAGCUAGGGGGGUUUAGGUGCCUACGGUGAGUAUGUUUAAGCACUUUUUUGUGCCUAAGGCUGGGAGUAAAAAGGAGAAGGGGUG